AGCUAACACUGUUAGCCUCUCUGCAGCUGCUUCCCUCCACUUGAACGCAUCAUUGAGUCUUAUUACAGACUAUACAGACUAUCCACUCAGUCCAUGGUACCACAGAGACCUGCAACAUGACCUCAGCUUCCACUAAAGUUGGGGAGAUAUUCUCUGCAGCUGGAGCUGCCUUCACCAAAUUAGGAGAGCUCACCAUGCAGCUUCACCCAGUGGCCGACUCCAGUCCUGCAGGCUCCCAUCCUCCCUCCAGCGGUCAGACCAAGAGCACGGUGAAGAGGAAGCUGUAUGAAGACGGAGCUCCAACCGCCGUCUCCUCCGAUGGGCCCAAGAAGGUCGUCAAGAAAACCAUCGCUGCUGUUGCCGUGGCAACACAGGGCACUCCGACCAUCAUCACCGUGCCCGCGGCUCAGGUCGUCGUAGCGGCGGGACUACAGGGUUCCCCCUCCAGGCAGCCCGCCCUGAAGAAACAGAAGACUGCGGAUGUGACCCUCAGUGCUCUCAACGACUCAGAUGUCAACAGUGACCUGGUGGACAUCGAGGGACUGGGUGAAGGAUCCAACUCCAAAAAACUCAACAACUUUGAUCAAGAUAACCUGAACCUGGACUCGAGCCUCAUCAUGAAUCCCGGUGACCUUCCUCUACUCUCCCGUUGACCGUUCACUUCCUGCGGACUUGAAAUGGACAAAUAAGACCCGCGUUGUGAUAAACUGCACUCACCCUUUGAGCCAGAAGAUGCUGACCACCCACAUUAGAGCAAAUAUAGUUGUAUUGGAUAUUGUCUCAUCCCCGUCGUUAACUUUUGCUUUGUAGGAAAAUCCUAAAAGACAGACUUUAUUGCAGCGAGGAAGCUGUUCUAACAUUCAUCACUUCCUGUGUUUCUUUAAUGAGAAGCAAGGAAAACAAACACAAUGCAGCAGAGAAACCUCGUCUGCAUCAACAAGAUCCAACACUCCCCCGUCCAGAUGCACCGGCGCUGCUAAAGGGCAGCGGUUGGUACGCAGAUAUUGGUCUGAACAAUGUCAACAAGAACAUUUUAUUGUUUCAAUUCAGUCGUGCUAUAAUUUGGUAAUGAUCGUAUUAGCAGGAGUUAACACAAGCCUCAGUUUAACAUAUUUAGAGUAUUUAGAACAACUCAUGUCUGAGUAAUUGGUUCUAGUGUAUUUUCUAUGUAUUGUGUGAACUUUCUUCCUUCCUCUGAACUUGCCAGUAAAAGUGUGUUAGACCACAGACAUACACACAAACUUGCAUAUAAAACUUAAUUAUUGAAGUUGAAAUACCAUAACAA